ACAUUCACUGUCCUUCUUCUUUCUUCUCUCGGGUUCUUCUACUAUCGCGGAGCUAAAUCGACCACGCGGAUACACCUCCGACCUCCCGAUGGAAAGUCUAUGCUUCUUGCUUGAUUUGGCUGUGUACCUCUCAUGCGGUGGUGCAGCAUUUUAUCUUCGCGGCCGUAAACUUCAAAGGAAAGCUAACUAUUUGGGGAGUAUCACUCGUGUGCUCGACUUAAGAUGCUUAGAUGAAUUGCUUGCAGAAAACACCACGAAUCUCCUUGUUGUGGUCUCUGGAAGAGUUGGUUCUGCAGCGCCACUUAACUGCAAUGGUCUUUUGGGUGUUCUUGUGAAGGAAAAGGCCAAACUGGAAGGUGAGCUCGAGUUGGAAAAUGGUGGUUCGAUAGAGACGUCUUUUAAGUUUCUGUUACGUGAAAAGGAGACUCCUUGGUAUCUGGAAGACAGUACGGGUCAGGUGAAUGUACUGGGAGUUCAAGAUGCUGAAGGAUUUUAUGGUAUUCUAAAUGAGUAUGUACUUGAUAUGCCUGCAAGUGAACUCUUAAACGGGGUUGUUUUACCCCAAGGCACAAAGGUGCUUAAACAUAAUUGCCAUGGGCGUGCUCUUAAUAUUGGUACUUUCUUGACUUUUGUUGGCGAGGCUGUAAAAGACAAAGCUGGGAAUGUCAUGAUUCAAAGUCCCAAGGAACAACCUUUUCGGGUCUACAGUGGAGAGGGCUCAUUUGACAGUAUGAUUGAUGAACUGAAGUCCGUGUCAGAGGUUAAUAUCUUGAUAGGCAAGAUUUUUGGAACUAUUGCUGUGGCUUUAGCCGUCCUAUACGGUGUGGAAUACAUAAGAACGGUGCUGUUACCAUUCGUGUGGAAGAAAAAAGAGCUACGUAACAGAUCAAAGAAGCCUAAAUCAAACAGUGGAAAACCCCAUCAGCGAAAAGAAUCAGACACCAGCAGUUUGCCCAUAGGAUUGGCUCUCCUUCUGGUUAAAGACUCAGACAAAGAUAGUUGAAAUGCUUGGGGGUGAUCAGUGAGGCAAGAUACAAGGAAACUUUUUAGUUUGGUAGCCCUGCAAAUAUCUCUUCAUCAGUCAUAUAUAUAUCUUGUUCACACUUUAUAUUCACUUUUUGGUAUGAAAAGAAGAAUAUUUUGCAGAUAUAAA